GAUUCUCAAACACACUUUUUGAAAAAUAUUUACGAAAUAACGAAUCAUCAAAGCGAGAUUCAACGACAUUUUUCUAGUAUGGCUCACUUCCACGUCAACGGGGAGCAAAUCAUUAUGGCUCACAACUAUGUACAUCUCUUCGGAAAACUAUGCAAAAUCUUGCUAAAAACCUGCUUCCCGAGUCUACUGUAGGUCUUAUAAGGGAGAAAAUGGCGCAGUGUUUGUACACAAUUCAGCAGUUUUACAGUAAUACAAACUGGGUAGAAAUCCACGGAGAAACCAUUUUUAAAGAGUUUGGUAUUGCAGAAUCACUUCAGAUAAACAUCAACGACCUGUCGGAAUGCACUUGUGCAGAUUGUCCUACGGAUACAAACAGCAUAUCUAGCGGUAUGUGCAAGAACAAUAUUCUUUCAACCACAAAGCUGACAAGUGGAUACAAAUCGGGUCAAGAUGUUUCCAAGCCACUUAUUAGUACGUCACGCAAAGGGAAAUGUAGCCAUGGUUCCAGCGAUGAUGAUUCCCGACACAGUACAGCGACUGGUGGAAUCUACAAAGGAAGGUCGACUUCUGCGCAUGCUCCUCACUAUCACUUGCAUUUUCAAGCAUUUGAAGCUGCAAAGCAAGCAUCCGUUUAUUUUUUGUCCGAUGAAGACAACGGACUAAUGAACAUUCUUGGGUUUACUCUCUUCAAAGAAGUACUUAGUAUUAAAACUAAACAGGAGAAUUCCGCUAUCAAAUCUCUCUCUAUCACUUUCGUUAUUGACGUUACUGGUUCCAUGCGUGACAAUAUUGAGAGCGUGAGAGAAGCAACGACAAGAUAUGUGGAGCUUCUACGAAUAUCAGAAAACGUACCCGAAAAAUACAUCCUUGUGACCUUCAGUGACCCAGGGGCGACAAUGUCGAAUAAUAAAUCAACCGUAUACAUUAUAACUGAUGCACCUGCAAAAGACGAAAGCAGAGAGGCAGAAGUGAUAUCAGUUUUACAGAGGAAAAACUUAACUCCGAAAUUUCUCAUAACACCUGAAUGUUCAGUUAGGAAAAAGCGUAAAGCAGCAGGACGACACAAGCGCUCUUCUUCCGUAUACGAUCGGAUAGCUCAGGCCACAGGUGGGAGUGUUAACAGAGUCCAAACCUCGGAAUUACAAGCUAUUGUGGAAGCAGAUUUAACGGGAGAUAUCCCCUCCUCUGUUGCUGUGAUCAGAUGGAUAACUAUGCAAGCCAGUGACCCAAGUGUUUUUAACAUUGAAGUUGAUAGAUCCGUUUUAUAUUUGAGUAUUUUUAUUUCUGGUUUGAGGAACACAAAUGGGCUAAAUAAUUUGUUUAAUUUUAACGAUUUUUUGUUAGAUACUUCUGUCAAUUUUAAUUCUUCUGAAGAACUUAUCCUAAACCACGUUGGGAGCACGGGUACAAUUUCAAUAAAGUCACCCGAAAAAGGACAAUGGUCAUUGGAAAGAUUAUCUAGCGAUCUCUGGAUUGUGAAUGUAACCUCAAAUAGCAAAUUCGAUUUUACGCUCACUUUAAACGAGCGCCUAAAUGGAAUCCCUUUUCCUGUGAAAGGGAACCCGAUAUCAGAUGAGAAUUACACCUUGAUAGCAGAUUUGGAGAACUUUCCAGCGAACUACUCCGUGUCUUCCUUACUGUUCGUUGACGAGGAAGGUAAAUCCAUCCUUGAAUUGAUACCCAGCCUUCUCAGUAUAACGCCAAGACUCCAGUAUCUUGUUGACUUCAACCUUAACUUCUCAAACAAGGCAUCUGGAGUACAACUUCACGGGAAAGACUCUGAGGGUGAUCUGUAUGUACGAUCCUCGCCAUUUGAGAUAAACCCAGUGGACAUAAGUUUGUCCGUGGUACCAUACACAGGUGAGCUACCGCUCUUCAAAAACGAGAAACUGUUUUACACAACCACAAACCAUGGGAGUAUCGACAAAACUGUUUCCGUUACCGUCACUGAUGACAGAGGUUACAUUGUUGGUGGUGGUAGUUCUGUUGCUUAUCUGAUACCUGCCGGAGAAUCUGUGACUAGAAGCUUUGAGAUCCGCGGAACCGAGGCUCUUUCAAUCGUGACUGUAAAUAUCACUAUCAGCGAAUCUUCCGAAAGUCUCCAGAGUCUUAGACAGAGUUUUGUGGUUUCCUCGGCAGUCCAACCUUCGUGCAGCAUAACAACAGUAGAUAAUAACUGUAGUAACAUGACAUUAACUGCAAGAAACUGCAGUGACUUCCAGUGGCGAGGAAAUGCUGUCGUUGAAUACUCCGGAACAAAUUUGUCGUCAUUACAUGUGUCCAGUUCAAGCGUCAGUGUGACACAUAGUGGUUUGUCGGCCUUGUCAGGUCCUGUUGAUGCAGAACUUGUAGGUGACUGCUGUACUUCGUCCGUUGUUCUCAGUGCUGUUGAUGUUGAUGGUUACUUUUCUCAGUGUAGAUUUCUCCUAUAUCCCGAAAAUUGGGUUGCAAGUGCUUUCGUAACAGACACGUCUGAGCCGUUGAAAUCAGUGGAGACAAGUAUCAAUAUAGCUGUCGCGGGAGGAAUAGUGGCUGCCCUAGUCGUAAUAUUUAUUGUUUUAUUAGUUGUAAGGAAAAACUGUUGCUCCUCUUGUAGGAAGACUACUCCUACGAAUGAUAAACCCAAACCUAUCGUAGAAUUGUUCUCAGAAAAACAGAACGAUCAUUUUCAUUGCACUCCACCGGCGGAUUCACGAUACCCCACAAGUGCAAGAGCUGACUGGACAUUUGAAUAUUCCAAACCAUAACUCAAAUAAAUUGU